AAAGCGAAAAGUUCCGUUUGAGGCGUGUCAGAGUAACUUAUCCGUCGAUGAGGAAGAAAUUACACAGUAAUAUUCCGGGAGGAAGGGGCUGAUGACGUCUGAGGCAUACUUAAUGGGACUUAUUGAAAAAAGGGCAAGAGUCUCCAUUCAUGGAUAAAAAUCGGAGGGAACUGGAGGGGGGGUGAAAGUUGAGCAAAAAAAGGACAUGUGGACGAACGAAUAGGCCGUGCACGACCAAUCUCACCGAGUAUUUUUUUUGUCCGCAAAAAGGCUAUUCUUUGUUUUGUUGUUUGUUUGUUUUUAGCAGCUACUUAUUGUAUAAAAGUCAAAGGCGGUUGAUCAGGACGAGCCCAUCAGGAAACGGCGUUUCAGAGAAGAGGUGCCGUGAGAAAGAUUACCUCGUCUCUCUUUCUCUCUCCCCCUCUCUCUCUCUCUCCCUCUCUCUCUCUCUCUCUCUCUCACACACACACACACACACGCUCAGCAGCCGCACCCGAAGCGCGUCCCGCAGCCUCGCUCUCUGUUCAACCUGCCGUAGCAUGGCCAAAUCUAGUAGAGCUACUUUGGCUCUGCUCAUCUACGGGAUCUUAAUGCGCUACAGCGCCCAAUGCACACCCAUCGGAAUGGGCUUCCCCAACAUGAGGCUAGAAAACGACGUGUUUGGGGACGAGGGAAACUCGUUAAGUGAGCUCUCCUAUGAGCCGGACACGAUGAGCGCGCGCAGUGCUCCAGCCCUCCCGGAGGACGCUUACACACUGUAUUAUCCUCCCGAGAGAAGUGAGGAAGAAGAGGACGAGGAAGACUCGGAGCCACUGUCGAAGCGCCACUCGGACGGCAUUUUCACGGACAGCUACAGCCGCUACCGGAAACAAAUGGCCGUAAAAAAAUACCUUGCAGCAGUGCUGGGAAGAAGGUACAGACAGAGGUUUAGAAACAAAGGACGCCGCUUUGCUUAUUUGUAGCGCGCGCGCGCGAGAGAGAGAGAGAAUAGAGCAACUGCCCUCCCUUGUGUCCAUUCAAUCAUACAGUCAAAAAGUCAUUCUAACUUAAAACUGAGCAGUCGGUGGAUCUCGCCUGUGUUCUUUUAAACAUGUAUUUUAUGUACGAAGUCAAGCCAUUAAAAAUAUUUUAGUAAGAA